UCUUAUUCUGCGUGUUUUCGAUAUUAUAUCGUGCAAAUGGUGGCUUUCGCGAUGUUUUGUUCAAUGUUUCUUGAAAAUUAAUCAAUCUUAUAAUACGUCGUGCGUUGUAGAAAUAAAGAUAAUAUUUGCUGUUUAUUUCUGAACUUGAAAAAGUUUAUCGUCGACAUGGUGAAGCUUCAUAAGAAAUUUUUCGCGGGUGACAAGGUUUUUGCAAAAGUUCGAGGUUAUCCACCGUGGCCAGCAAAAGUUGAGAAAGUUAUUGAUCCUAAUUCCAAAAAUACAAAAUAUAGUGUUUACUUUUAUGGUACAGCAGAAACUGCUGUAUGUAAAGUGGAAGAGUUAUAUACCUAUAUAGAGAAUAAAGCAAAAUUUGGCAAGCCAAUUAGAAGAAAGUUUUUUCAUGAAGGUUUAUUACAAUUAGAGCAAGAGCUUAAAAAUGAUAGAAAUAAAGCAUCGAAUCUUGCUGACCUCAAAGAAGCUGGAAUUGGUGAAGAAGCAGGAAAAGAAGGUGAUACAAAUUUACCAACAGUUAGUGCUACAGAUAGUGAUAUGGAAUCUGGAUCUCUUGUUAUAGAUGAGGAGGAGAAAAAGAAAUCUUUGAAAAGGAGGACUCUUUCUGCUACUAAUCCUGAUACACCUGAAGUAAAAAAAAGACGCGGAAAAGCAAAGUCUCUAUCUGCAUCUACAAGUGAUUCAGCAAAACAGGAUACUGCAUUGGAUUCUCAAGGAGAGGAGUCACCAAAAGAAGUUGUAAGUCGUAGCGGUAGAAAAAUUAAACCUAAGCGAUUUGCUGACUUCUCAAGCUCGGAAGAAACAGACACUGCAACAGAUAAAAAUGAACAUGGAAGAGGCCGUCCUAAAGUUAAAAUUGAAGAUUCUAGCGACCAAGUAACACCUAGCGUAAUGCAUAAAAAGAGAGUUACAUUGGAAAAAAAAAAUAAUUUAGGUGAAACACCCAUAUUGGAAGGAACUGUGGUUUCUGGUACAGCAUCUUCAGACGCGCCAGGACGAUUCCUUUUGGCGUUAACAUUUGCCGGUGAAUAUGUAGGAAUUAAGUUAGACAUGGAUAAGCCAAAAUCCUUCGAAAGUGAAAAGGCUCGAGCACAAUGGGAGUGGUCUACUGCUAGAAAUGCUAUGAAGUUGAAAGCACAAUUAGAAAGUGGUGAAAUUUUACCGGAACAAGUAAAAGAUUGUUUGGAUUUUAAUGUACACGUCCCAGAUGAAGAAAAGCGUUUAUUAGCGAAAGAUGGAGCACUUCAUCGAAAAACAAAUAAACUAAGAUGGCUUCGUAUAGAAGCACAACUUCUACAGUUGGAUGCUCAAAUUAAAUCUAACUUGGGAUUAGAUCGAGCAAAUCCGGAUAAGUGUUUGCAAGCAAUGGAUGAUAUGUUAUCACUUCCAAUUGAUCCUUUGAUGUUGAAAAAACAUCCACACAUUGUGGAAACUGUUAAAAGGUUGCGGCGAUAUAUCGGUAAUUUGACUGAUUGGAAAUUAAGCGAAGAAGAAGAGGCAAUUUUUAAACAAAAAGCAGAACAAAUUAGACAAAAGUCUGAACACAUAUACAACAAGUUUAAGGCUAUGUUUACCAUACCCGAAGGGCAAUCGUUUUGGCAAUCAUUUUCGGACCAAGUUGUCCAUUUCAAAGAGUUAACAAAGGAUAUGCCCGAAGAAAAAGUAUUUUCUUUAAUGUCUGACCCUGCUUGUCCAGAUGCAAUCAUAUCAGAAGACUCACCUGUAGAUGAAAGCGGUAGUCAACCAGAUACAGAUGCACCUGUUGAAGUUAAAUCAGAAGUGCCUACAUGGAGCGAGACUCCAAAAGAGUCAGAGGCCAAGUAACAUAGUGACUUUUUGUAUCUGACAAUGUGAAAAUUAUACUUAUUUUCUUUUGUACUAAUGUAGUACACUACAUGACACGAGUGUCUUAUAGCAGAAAAAGAAAUCGCUUUUUCGCACUUGAAUAUGAUUUUUGGAUAAAUGCCGACACUAUAUUUUAUUUAACGGGUUUUCUAGUAAAUUU